AUGCCAGCACGUAGACGGCACGUCCUAGGGCUCGAGGUAGAUCGCGAGUCUGUCACGGCGAACACGGGGAGUGACUCGCCAGCGCGACAAUAUCGUCACGAUGACGACGCGAGCGGCGGACUAUUGAGCGGGACCGUCUCGGGCAAACAAUCGCGGAAUACCAGUACGACGACAAUGACGUCUCGCGACCGGACCAACGAGUUCGUCAACACGAUCCGCUCGAUGCAGAGCAGAUCCGCCGCGCGGACCGCCGCCGUCGGCGCGACCAUGCAGAAUCCUCGUCGCGCGCGCCAGUUGCAGAGCUACUCCAACUUCAUGAUGACAGCCAAGAACAUCGGCAAAAAUAUCGCCAGUACUUACACCAAGCUGGAGAAGCUUGCUCUGUUGGCCAAAAAGAAGUCUAUAUUUAAUGACAGACAAAUGGAGAUUGAGGAGCUCACUAAUAUCAUAAAAACGGACCUGAAAAGCUUGAAUAUUCAAAUUGGGAAGCUACAAGAGCUGGGAAAAUCCCAGAGAGAGGGCUUCGGACAUUCUCAGAGCCAUCACAUCGCUUCGCAUUCUUCCUCGAUUGUGAUGGCACUGCAAUCAAAGCUGGCGAAUAUGUCCACUAAUUUCAAAAACGUCUUAGAAGUACGAUCUGAGAAUAUGAGAGAGGAGCAAAGCAGAAGACAGCAAUUUACUCAAGGCUCUCUAUCGACAAUGCUCCCUCCGAGUGUGGUCUCAGGGAGACAGGGUUCUCUGUUACUACAGGAAGAGGCAAACAAUGCAGUCGCGAUAGACUUGGAACCAGCAAUGAAUCGUCAAUUAAUGCAGCAAGCUAUGCAAGAUGAUACUGAUGCCUACGUUCAGUCGAGAGCUGAAACUAUGCAGAAUAUAGAAUCCACCAUAGUCGAAUUAGGUGGCAUUUUCCAACAAUUGGCGCAUAUGGUACAAGAACAAGAAGAAAUGGUGGAAAGGAUAGAUAGCAACAUAGAGGAUACUGAGUUGAAUGUGGAAGCUGCACACACUGAAAUUUUGAGGUACUUUCAGUCUGUGACAAACAAUAGGUGGCUGAUGAUAAAAAUAUUCGCGAUAUUGAUAUUUUUCUUCAUAUUUUUCGUAGUGUUUUUGGCAUAACACUAUCGUGGCAAUUAUUUAUGUUUAUAAUAUUACUUUUUAUCAUCCAUAUCUCCGCGCUAUUUGUGAUAAUAAGAAACAAUUGCGAAACAAAACGGCGAUUUUUACAAAGUUAUGACACAAAUGUGGUAAUGUAAACUAAACGAGAAGGAUUCCGUGCAUUCCUUAUCCUUUUUCCCUGGAUUGUGAAUAUUGUAAGUAUUAAUUAAGAUUCCUAAUCUUUCGCAACAAAUGUCCUUGUUUGAUUACGUCAGAAGCGAGAAAACGCACGCCAAGAAUUCUUGCGUUCAUAUAAAUCAAAAGAUACAAUCGCAAGGUGACAUUUGUGAUUGAUUCAGCACGCAUGUCAAUUUGUCCGAACACUUUUACUCGGUAUAUUUAAUACUACAACCGUUCACUACACAAACACUUAGUGAGCUUUUGCAUUCGUGAUUGAGAUAUUCUUUUAGAUCUAAAAAUAUACUCCAAUCAGAUGCGAGAGCUUAAUGAACAACUGUGGUACUGAAUCAUUUAACAAAUAGUUGCAAAAUUAACAUUGGUAUGAGAAAGGAUAUUAAGAAAGAAGGUUCCACGUUAAGUUAAUUUUGUGACUAUUGAUUGUUCGAGUAAAAGAAUAAUGUUCGGAGAAUUUUACAAGUGUGCCAAAUCGAUCGCAAGUGUCAUUUUGUAGGUACAUCUUUUUAUUUGAACGUAUAACGUAGGAAUGGUACGCGCUUUCUCACUUCUGAGAUUCAUCAGACAAUGAUGGUUGCAGCAAGGGAACAGGAGUCUUAAAAGCGGCAUUACUUGUACAUCGCGACUUGCUGAAAAUAUAAGAUGUAUAAAAACGAGAUAUUUCUAUUAGAUAAAUGAAUAUAUAAUUUUCA